AUGUUCAGCGCAUUCUUCGGCUCGUCAGAAGUGGUCAAAAAGAAGGCGAAGAAACCGGCCAAAAAGCAUUCCCAGGCGACGACAGCCUCAUCAGCACAGACGUCGACCAGCUCAUCUAUCGAAAGCACCAGCGACAGCGAGAGCGACACUGAUAUAUCUCCUACUCCGACGACCCCUACCACCCAAGUGUCAGAUUCUUCAGAUGCCAGCAGCUUCUUUAGCUCCAGUGGGGUCAGCACUAUGGCUAGCCAAACUUCAUCGUCGGCAGUCACCUCGUCUUCAAAUGGCGCCUCGCUCAGUACAUGGUCAGACUCAAGCGCUCCAGCAAAGCCAAACAUUGUCCAAGGGUUCCUGACCCAACAGCUCAACAACGUCACGGGCGUCCUGAAAGGAAAGAAAUAG